AAGUCCGUCUGUAUCAUCGGUACCAAAAAACACACAUUAAAAACAUUCAAAUUUCUCUCUUCAUAUCGAUUUCUGCACAGGGAUCGAUAGGCAGAAGAGAGAAAAGCCGGGCAAAGAGAGAAAAAUUUGAUAUAUAUAUACAUAUAUAUAUACACAUAUAAAGUGCAGUAUAUAUUGAAUCAUGGGGAAACAGCAUUCUUGCUGGUUUCGUGCUUUGUUCUUGCUCUCAGUUGCAUGCAUCAGUCUUCCUUCGCUAGUGGAAUGCAGGGUCCGGCAUUACAAGUUCAACGUGGUGAUGAAGAAUACAACCAGGCUGUGCUCGAGUAAGCCAAUCGUCACAGUGAAUGGCAAGUUUCCCGGACCCACACUGUAUGCUCGGGAAGACGACACGGUGAUCGUCAAGGUCGUUAACCAUGUCAAAUAUAAUGUUUCAAUCCACUGGCACGGGGUUAGACAGAUCCGAACCGGAUGGGCUGAUGGUCCCGCGUACAUUACGCAGUGCCCGCUACAGACAGGGCAGACGUACUCAUACAACUUCAACAUCACGGGCCAGAGGGGCACUCUCCUUUGGCACGCCCACAUUCUAUGGCUAAGGGCAACUCUCCAUGGAGCUAUUGUCAUCUUGCCUAAGCUCGGCGUCCCUUAUCCAUUCCCUAAACCCGACAAGGAACUUGUUGUCAUCCUCGCUGAAUGGUGGAAAUCGGAUACUGAAGCAGUGAUUAAUGAAGCUCUUAAGUCGGGGUUGGCCCCCAAUGUAUCGGAUGCUCACACCAUCAAUGGCCAUCCUGGCCCUGUGCCGAAUUGUUCUUCGCAAGGUUACACGUUGCCGGUUGAGGGCGGGAAGACUUACUUGCUGCGGAUAAUCAACGCUGCGCUCAAUGAAGAGCUAUUCUUCAAGAUUGCCAAGCACAACCUGACUGUAGUUGAAGUGGAUGCUACAUAUGUGAAGCCCUUAGAGACCGACACCAUUGUCAUUGCCCCGGGUCAGACCACCAAUGCCUUGAUCACUGCGGAGCGAAAGACUGGCAAGUACUUGAUCACUGCAUCCCCUUUUAUGGACACACCAAUAGUAGCUACUGAUAACGUGACUGCGACUGCGACAUUGCACUACUCGGGCACUCUCGCCAGUUCCUCCACAACUCUCACGAUCCCACCCCCUCGGAAUGCCACCUCUGUGUCUGACAAGUUUACGAACUCCCUCCGGAGCCUCAACUCGAAGAAGUACCCUGCCAAAGUCCCGAAGACUGUUGAUCACAAACUUCUGUUUACAGCCGGGCUAGGAGUCAACCCCUGCCCUACUUGCAAGGCUGGCAAUGGGAGCCGGGCGGUCGCCAGCAUGAAUAACAUCACAUUCGUGAUGCCGACUAUAGCACUUCUCCAGGCGCAUUUCUUCAACAUCAGCGGGGUCUUCACAACUGAUUUCCCCAGCAACCCACCGACAGUUUUCAACUAUACAGGAACCCCACCAGCGAAUAUGGCAACUAAAAAUGGAACAAAGGUUUACAGGUUGCCUUACAAUGCCACGGUCGAACUGGUACUGCAAGAUACUGGGAUGAUCGCUCCAGAGAACCAUCCCAUUCAUCUGCAUGGAUUCAACUUCUUUGUGGUAGGUCGGGGGUUAGGAAAUUACAACGCGAGGAAGGACUCUAAGAGUUUCAAUCUUGUUGAUCCCGUUGAGAGGAACACUGUGGGAGUCCCUUCCGGUGGAUGGACGGCGAUAAGAUUCAGAGCGGACAACCCAGGAGUAUGGUUUCUGCACUGUCAUUUGGAAGUUCAUACGACAUGGGGAUUGAAAAUGGCGUUCUUGGUGGACAACGGUAAAGGCCCGAACGAGUCGCUUCUUCCGCCUCCGAGCGAUCUUCCAAAGUGCUGAUUCGGCAAAAGAUGGGAUCAUCGUUAAAAUUAUACGAAAAUGGGGGCAUACCCCUUUGAGCCAAGUAGAGUUGGAAGGAGAGGAAGUUGGCAAGUUAAUUUGACAAAGAGAAGAAGAGGGAAGGGAGAGAGAGAGACAGAGAGACAGAGAAGAGUGGAAUAAGAAUAAUAAAGCAAAGGGAAAUCAUCUAGUUUAAAAUUGUUGCUUGAGUAAAUAAUUUGCUCAAGCCAUGUCCGAAUAAGAUGGCGAGGUAUUUCCUUUUUAUUUUUUUCUUAAAUGUAUUUUUCAUACAUUUUUCAACAAAUAUAUGUGCUUAAUGAAAAGUACUAUGCUCAUACAACUUUCGUCAUGCUGAUUUUGUCA